UUGAAGACUCUUAUUUUGAAAAACAAAACGCUCUUCCGGUCGGACAUUCAGACGCGUGCUGAAUGAGGAGCAGUAUGAAAACUCCAGUGAGCGUCCUGCGGCUGCCCAGAGGACCGGACCCGAACAGCCGAGGUUUCGACCCGAACUCUCCCCGCUUCGUCGCUCUCUGUCCCACAACCGUUCCCUCCUCCUCCUCCUCCUCCUCGGGAAGCGCAGAUGAAGAGGAGCAGCGGCUGCGGGCGGAGCUGCGCGAGAGGUUUCUGCGGACGCUCUUACUGAUGACGGGCAAACGAGUCCGGUUCGACAUGCACGAGCACGUGCGCGUGCACGCGAGGUUCGGCGCCUCGGACAUAGACGUGCUGACCCUGCAGGUGUCUGACCUGGAGACUCCUCUCGGGGUUCAGAGGGAGGCGCUUCUGAGAUGCCAGGAUGUGAUUGCGUGCUCGUUCGAAGCGCGAGAGGGCGCGAGAAGCGUUGCGACUGUGUGAAGAACUUCUUCACGCUGCUGUAUGUAGUAAUAAACCUUUGCAAUGUUGAGAGCUGCAUUCUUAAAAUGUCUUUCUUUUUAACCCCUAAUCAACACUUAAA